GCCAGCCUCCCGCGCCCCGCCGCCUCAGCCCGGACGCCAGCCCUGCCAUGUCGUGGGCCGUGGUCUUCGGCCUCCUGGCCGCGCUGCUGUUGUUGCUGCUGCUGACCCGCCGGCGCACGCGGCGACCUGGUGAGCCUCCCCUGGACCUGGGCAGUAUCCCCUGGCUGGGCCACGCCUUGGAGUUUGGAAAAGAUGCUGCUGGCUUCCUCACUAGGAUGAAGGAGAAGCAUGGUGACAUCUUUACUGUGCUGGUGGGCGGCCGGCAUGUCACGGUCCUCCUGGAUCCCCACUCCUACGACGCGGUGGUGUGGGAGCCCCGCAGCAAGCUGGACUUCCACGCCUACGCCGUCUUCCUCAUGGAGAGGAUUUUCGACGUGCAGCUUCCGCAUUAUAACCCCGGUGAUGAAAAGUCCAAGAUGAAACCGACUCUCCUCCACAAAGAACUGCAGGCGCUCACGGAUGCCAUGUAUACCAACCUCCGAACUGUCCUGCUGGGUGACACCACGGAAGCGGGCAGUGGCUGGCAUGAGAUGGGGCUCCUCGAGUUCUCCUACAGCUUCCUGCUCAGAGCCGGCUACCUGACCCAGUACGGCGUCGAGGCACCCCCGCACACCCAGGAGAGCCAGGCUCAGGACCGCGUCCACUCAGCCGAGGUCUUCCACACCUUCCGCCAGCUGGACCUGCAGCUCCCCAAGCUGGCGCGUGGCUCACUGUCAGCGGGGGAUAAGGACCAGGUGGGCAAGGUCAAAGGUCGCCUGUGGAAGCUGUUGGCCCCAGCCAGGCUGGCCAGCCGGGCCCACCGGAGCAAGUGGCUGGAGAGCUACCUGCUGCACCUGGAGGAGAUGGGCGUGUCGGAGGAGAUGCAGGCCCGCGCCCUGGUGCUGCAGCUCUGGGCCACACAGGGGAACAUGGGUCCUGCUGCCUUCUGGCUCCUGCUCUUUCUCCUCAAGAACCCCGAGGCCCUGGCCGCCGUCCGUGGAGAGCUUGAGACUAUCCUCUUGGGAGCAGAGCAGCCCAUUUUGCAGAUGACCACCCUCCCACAGAAAGUUUUGGACAGCAUGCCUGUGCUGGACAGUGUGCUGAGUGAGAGCCUCAGGCUCACCGCUGCGCCCUUCAUCACCCGCGAAGUCGUGGCCGACCUGGCCUUGCCCAUGGCGGAUGGGCGGGAAUUCAGCCUGCGACGUGGGGACCGCCUCCUCCUCUUUCCCUUCCUGAGUCCCCAGAAGGACCCGGAGAUCUACACAGACCCGGAGGUGUUUAAAUACAACCGAUUCCUGAACCCUGAUGGAUCAGAGAAGAAAGACUUCUACAAAGAUGGGAAGCGACUGAAGAACUACAGCCUGCCGUGGGGGGCGGGGCACAACCAGUGCCUGGGGAGGGGUUACGCCGUCAACAGCAUCAAACAAUUCGUGUUCCUUGUGCUGACGCACUUUGACCUGGAGCUGAUCACCCCGGACGUGGACAUCCCCGAGUUUGACCUCAGUAGGUACGGCUUCGGGCUGAUGCAGCCAGAACACGAUGUGCCCAUCCGUUACCGCGUCCGGCCGUGAGCGCCACACGCCCAGCCUACCCCAUCACCCAACUUCCCGUGCCUGCGUUCAGCCUGGGUACCGGGCUUCGAACAUCCAACAGUGCCAGCAUUACCCCUUCCCUGCUGUUCUUCAGAAGACUGUGCUUGGGGGCGGGGUGGGGGGUGGGGAGAAGAAUGAAGAAAAGACACCAAGAGCUGCACAGAUUAUCUGCGGCAAAGUUCCAACGUGAGACUUUGUGCUCCCAGCUCCUCCCACCUUUGUGAAAUCCGCUAAAGCUACGGGUGUAUGUGCUCAGUCGUUCAGUCGUGUCUGACUCUUUGUGGCCCCAUGGACUGUAGUUUGCCAGGCUCCUCUGUCCACCGGAAACGUUCCAGGCAAGAAUACUGGAGUGGGUUGCCAUUUCCUGCUCCAGGGAAUCUUCCCAACCCAGGGACCGAACCUGCAUCUCUUGCAUCGCUAGCAUUGGCAGAUGGAUUCUUUAUACUGCGCCACCUAAAGCUGCAGCAGACAGGUCAGACUAAGAGACCUCCUCACUGCUCUGUCACCAACCCCCAAGGGACCACCAUCCAAUGCCCUGGGUGUGGUCCAGGCCAUAACAAGUCAAAGCAGACGCUGGCCGUAAAAAGGCCAUUCAGGGUCUAGCAGUACAUCUAUUGAUAUAAACUCGGUCCCUGAACUGUUAUUAAACUACCUAAAAGCCAAAGAGUCUCUUAGCAUAUCCGCUUUCCUGGGUGCCCCCUUCACUAGACACCUCCCCUAUCUCUCUGUUCACACCGAUCCUUGAGAAAACGCAGGAGGGUUUCCCGAGGCUGGAGCUUCCACGGUGCGGGCCAGGGGCGGCCUCUGGAUGCUGGGCUGUGAGGAGCAGGCUUCUCAGUGUUAAGAGUUCUGGGCUCCACAUGGGAUGGGCUCUCCCAGUGCGGGGACUCAGGCAGGGAACUCGCAGGACACAGCCCAGACGGGGUGGCCCCUGUGAAAGCAAGCAGCCAGGACUCCUGGGGCUGGUGGAGCCAAACAAGAGGAGACCUUGGUUUCCUCCAUUCUAACUCAGGAGCUCCAGCUCUGGGCCCCAUCCAGAUUGCAGGCCUGUUUCGUUUGGCCCACAUUUAUAGAAAAUACGGUAGUAUUACCUUGGCAUCUUUGGAAGAAUUGAUUAAAAAUGUCCAACUUCUCCUGAAAACGUGAAAGAUCUGUCCACACUGGGCCCGUGUUCCCAAGGGCCACCAUUAGCCAGAGCCGAGUAGCAGUGGUCUCCUUUAGCUGAAGCCCAUGCGCUCUGGGUCACCAGCAUUUCUACUUGGUCUGCUUUUCCAUUCACAGUACCUCCCGUCCCCCGAAGGCACCGAAGUUUGAGAGCCUUGUUUCUACUCUUAGAGGUGGUAUUGUAGGAGGCGGUGGAUUGUUUCUCAGACCAACGGUCCUUUCUAUCCUGGGUGCACCACCUUUUGAUCAAACAGAUCAGUGAUGAAAACCUGCCUUUGCAUUUAGGGAAGAAAACAAAAGACAGAUCAAAGAGAAAAAUUGCCUAGAAGCCGUUAUUAGGAUGAUAAGUAUUCUCGUUAAUAUUAGGUCCUGUUUAUUGAAGACCCUCUAAAUGCCUGUGACAGGAACAGUUUCUAUUUUGAUGGCAUCUCUGGGAAGAGAGGAUGGUUACACGCUCUUUAUAGAUGAGGAAAUGGGCUUCAGAGAGGUAAAGUGACCUGCCCAGGGUCACACAGCUUACAAGCUAAUAGAAUUUCACAGACAGACUUACUCUCCCAGCAGCAAAUGCUAGAUGGACAGCUCUGUGCUCCUUGAGCUCAGAGGGGUAGUGGAGGGGCAGUUCUGUUUGGCAUCAGACCGCAGAGCCCGAGGCACCCAUGGGUGGAUGGAGACACGCAUACACACAUAACUAGGUCUCUGUAGCUUCAGCUGAAGGGAUAAGAGAAGACCUGAGAUCUCUGAAUGUUCUGGGGUCCAAUCUCUUCUCAGGGAGGCACCAGGGCUUAGAGGCUUCCCUGGCCCCCUAGCCCCCAGGCGGCCCCAGGAUUCCCAGACAGUCUUUGUGAUUGGCAGGAGGCAGGAUAUCCCCAGGGAAACCCAUCUUCACGCCUGGGUGACCCCCGCUGCCGCCUGCUUCUUAACUCUGCAGGAAAUAGGAGCUGGCAGCCUCCUGAGGGAGGAGGAGCCGGUUUCCAUGGCAACCCUCAGCUGCCUCAUCCUGACUUGGAGGGGAAGGAAGGAGGCCGGCAGAAAUAGCUCCGGGAAGAUCUCUGGCGCGUGGCUUCCACCCUGAUGUGCUCGGGAAAAGCCCUCUGAUUAUCCCCUUCCACAUUAGGGCUGCUUUGUCGCUGAGACUAGAUUCUCACCCAUAUCCAAAAGAGAGCCUGUUUCCUUUAAAGGGGACACCACCUGGAAGCCACAAUCAUUAGGAAGAGACAAUUCUCCCACCAGGCAGCCCCAGCUGGUAUUGGAGAUAUUGAAGUACAGCUUGGGAGAAAGUGCUUUGAACCCACCUUUGUUUUCAUCUUUUUAAUUUUUUCUUUUUUUCCUUUCUUCUAAAAAUACUGAGGUCGGAAAUACCCGGACGUUGACCUAACGGAGUGUUUCUGUACCACCAUCAGGAUUAUUAUUUUUUGCUGUAUUUUGUAUGGUUGUUUACCAGUUUAUUUCCUUUAAGUGGUCUCAUUUUUUAAAACUUAAAUUUGUUUAAAAGGGGAGCUUUUUUUCCCACUGCCGGUAACUGACAACAUGUAUCACUUGCUGCCAAAAAUAGAAAGUGACUGUGAAACAUAAAUCUGGGGAGGGGUCCCCUGUGCGGGUGUCACCAAGGCUCAGAGCCUGAGCUGUGUCUUCUGAGUUACAGAAAGGAACAGACAAGUGUUUGAGCGGCGUUAAGGCCACGCCAGCAGCACCCUGAGACUUGGACCUCGACAGUCACGGGGUGAAGGGGACAGGAAGAGGGGUAAGGUGCCCACCCCACGGGGGUGCAUCACGCCCAGUGUGAGGGCCACCCCGGAUCAUCUCCCACCGGUGCUUCCUGCCCACAGGGAGCGGGGGACCUCCCGCCUGCCCAUUCUCCAGAUGGAGAAACCGGCCCUGGGAGUUGAAAUUUCUGGCCCAACGACAUUAAUCUGAAUGUUUUUUUUUGUUGUUUUUAAGGACGGUGUUUCGUGAGUAGCAGCGAUUGUUCCACCUUGCUGUUUUAAUAAAGAAUUCUAUUUUUACAUGA